CGCUUCUCCAAUUUCUCCUUUCAUGGUCACUCAUUGUCCACUCAUUGUAUAUUAUUAUUUCAGUCCAUUUGUUAACUUAAGUGGACGACCCAGCACAUCCUUCAACAGUUCAAGGUCGAGGGCCUGGUGUAGUUUGAGAAGUUAUUCAUUUUAUUUUCCGGCAAACUGGUUGGCACCUGAAUUUACAGUCACUCAUCACACACUGCACAAUGGACGAAGAAGAACUUUCUUUUAUACCCUACAGCACAUCUUACGUGUGGAAGCCCCCAAUAAAACUGUCUGAUUGCUCGUCUGAAUAUCUCCAAAAUUGUCCUGUUGACUACAGUCUUUUGGAAAACCCCUUUGCUUCCAAACCAGACGUGUAUAAUGCCGAACAGGAAGCAAAAUUAUGGCAAGGAUUGGGUAUAUUAACAACCAGUACUAGUGUGGUCGAUAGUGAGAAGCCGCCGAGUGAGAAUCCUUAUUACCUAACAGCAGUACCUGGUCUCCACAGCAAGCGGGAAUUGAAACGAAUUCGUCGAGCUGAACGCAAAAGCAAACUGUCAAACUGGUUUGAUCUUCCGAGACCUGAUGUCACUGAAGAAGAUCGUGAUGAUUUAGAAUUAAUUAGAUUACGUCGCGCUAUUUCAUCAGAUACACACGUGAGAAGAUCGGAUGGGAAGUCUGCUUACUUCCAGAGAGGUGUAGUUGUAGAUGAUCCUGGAAGCUUCUACGAUAGACUGCCGCGAAAACAAAGAGGGAAAACACUUGUAGAUGAGCUUCUAGCUAAUGCUGAAAUUAUGAAGGCUCAACGGAAACGAUAUGCCAAGAUUGCACGUGCUAUGGCUGAAAAACGGGCUGCUAUCAAAAGAAAAGAGCAACAACAAAUGAAGCGCUUAAAAACUGGUCGUAAAAAACAACAAGCAACAGUUGUUGUUCGUGAAUGAUUCAUUUAUGAUUAAGCCUACAGUUUGUACAUAUAUUUGUGGAUUAAAUCGCGUUCAAUUGUA